GACCAAGAAAUUAGCAUUCAUCAAAUAAACCCCAGGCUGUUAUAAAGAGAGAUGACAAGAUCAUAGAAAGAGAACUUAGGAUCAUAGAAUGGUUUGGGUUGGAAGGGAUCUUCAAGUCCGUCUCAUUCCAUGCCACUGCCCUGGACAGGAACGCCUUCCAUUAGCCUGUGUUACUCAAAGCCUCAUGCAACCUGGCCUGGAACACUUUGAGGGAUAAGUCUGCCACAGCUUUUGGGGGCAACCUGUGCCAAGGCCUCACCACCCUCUGGGUGAAAAAUGUCUUUCUUAAGACCAGUCCAAGGCUACAGUCUUUCAUUAAAAUCAUUGCCCCUCAUCCUGUCACUGCAGUUGUUGGUAAAAAAUCUCCCUCGAUCUUUCUUACAAGCCCCCUUUAAAUACUCUCUGGAACUGUGUUUCUCUUGGCUAAACAACCCCAGCUCUCUCAGCCUGUCCUCACAGGAGAGGUGCUUCAGUCCUAAGAUAAUCUUUAUGGCCGUUCUCUGGAUCUUCCUCAUGCAAUUUUCACCUUACGAGCCAGUCCUUUUCAAUAACAUUGAGUCAAGGAAAUCUUCCCUAAACUGUGCACUUUGCCACUACUGUUGAGAUUUUUGCAUCUUACCCUGUGUUUGUCAGAGGGAGAACUCAAUUAGAUCACACUUGUGGUUUACAUGGGAUUUAAUGUUCAAGACAGAAAGACUGAGAAGAAAGUCUAGGACACAAGCUAAUAAAUGCAGCCUUAUACAUAUCUGGUUCUUCUGCUUGUACAGCUCAGCAAACAGAAACGGAAGUUUUCGUCUUUUUUUAAGAGUUUGGUUAUUGAACUGGACAAAGAUCUUUAUGGACCUGACAAUCAUCUUGUGGAGUGGCACAGAACUCCUACAACCCAGGAAACAGAUGGGUUCCAGGUGAAGAGACCCGGGGAUGUCAGCGUGCGAUGCACAUUACUUCUCAUGUUGGACUACCAGCCUCCCCAGUUUAAGCUGGACCCGCGGCUGGCCCGUCUGCUGGGGAUCCACACGCAGACACGCUCAGCCAUCAUCCAGGCUCUCUGGCAGUACAUCAAAACAAACAAGCUGCAAGACUCCCACGAUAAGGAAUACAUUAACUGCGACAAGUACUUCCAGCAGAUCUUUGACUGUCCACGGCUAAAGUUUUCUGAAAUUCCUCAGAGACUCACUAACCUUCUGCUGCCACCAGACCCAAUAGUGAUAAACCACAUCAUCAGUGUUGACCCCAACGAUCAGAAGAAGACAGCCUGUUAUGACAUAGAUGUAGAAGUUGAAGACCCAUUAAAGGGCCAGAUGAGUAGUUUUCUUCUCUCAACAGCUAACCAACAGGAGAUAACAGCAUUGGAUAACAAGAUUCAUGAGACAAUUGAGUCCAUAAAUCAGCUAAAAAUACAACGUGAUUUUAUGCUGAGUUUCUCCAAGGAUCCCAAAGGAUACAUCCAAGACCUUCUCCGGUCCCAAAGUAGGGAUCUUAAGGUGAUGACUGAUGUGGUUGGAAACCCAGAGGAAGAACGCAGAGCUGAAUUUUAUCAUGAGCCGUGGUCUCAAGAAGCUGUGAGCAGAUAUUUCUACUGCAAGAUCCAGCAGCGCCGACAGGAAUUGGAACAAUCUUUGGGAGUGCGUAACACAUAAGUACUGCUCACAAGAUUCCAUUGGCAUCGUGACCACCAAACCAGUGGACUUCUCAGUGUUACUUAGCUCACUGUUACACAUGAACCUGCUUCCUGACUGGAUGAGAACAUGCCAUCAACACACCAGUCAGAACACCAGCUUUAGAGUGACCCUUGAAAAUCUUGCCCAGGAUGGAUGUCUCAAACCAUUCCAUGCCAGAGACAGCACCAUACAAGUUGUCAGUGUGAAAGAAGACUAAAGGUUCACUCAUCAACGCACAUUGUUAAGUUUUAGUGGAAAGUUAGACACUGCACAGCAAAUCUUAAUGGGCUAUGCUUAGAAUUGUGGGUGGCACUGAGGGGGAGGUUGAGGUAGGUGUUCUAGGAGACUUCAGAUGUAGAGAAAUUAAGUUCUUACGCUAUGGUACCCAAGAGUCUCAAACAGUAGCUUAUCUGGAAUUAGACAAGAUAGUCUUUCUUACAGCUUUGGAAUGCUUUAUAUUCCUGAAUAGAGUUUUUAUUGCAGCUGGACCAAUGCAAGAAGCUGUCUCACCACCUGAAAGAACAAACUAGGAGUGUUCGUAUCCUGGAAUGCAGAGCCCAUCUGGAAGAAAGACAUAUAGUCAGGCCAUCUCUUCCACAGAUAAAAAUAACUUCUCUUCCUCUUGUCCCAGCAGUGAAAGGUAGAUUGAAUCACGUAUCACUAGAUGGGUAUGAUCCCUGCACUGUUCUGAGAGAAAGAGAAUCAUCCCUGGGAUAAGAGCUCUUAUGCAUCCUUAAUAUCUGUGGUAUUAGCAACAAAUGAGGCAUUCUGAGAAAAUGAAAACAAUGUAAUGGUGCUUUGCUGAUGACUGUCUUUAACACAGUAGAUAUUAACGAUAAGUAUAUAUGUAAAAUACCAGAUUAUUUAAAUGUUUCUCUGUAUGGCUGUAGGGUUCAUCACUGAAAAGAACUUCCUAAUUCUUGGUGUAGAGUCCAAGAAGCUUAACUUCAUAUCACAUGGUAGUUUUUUCUUUACUUCAGGAGGUUAAGAGAGUCCCUAGAUUGGUCUCACAUUUUGAUCAUUGGUAAACUGCCUCUUACUAUGAAUUAUUUAGCUCUGCCUUACAUGAUACAUGCUGGUUAUUUUGGAUGCUGUUGCGUUAUAAAGCAUUAUCAGCCUUAAAUAGCACAGAGAACAUAUCCCUUGGAAAUCAUCUUCGGAAAUGUGCGAUAAAUUCAGAUAAUGGGAAUUUAUAGAACAAUUACUUGGAAGCAGGGACAUCUUCCUUAAAUCGUCCCCCUCCUCAUUUUUUGUAGUGCACAGAUGAGUUAUAAUUAAAGGCCCAACAUGAUUUCUCGUCCAAAAAGCAGCUGCCAAAGUAUAACUGUCCAUUUGAUGUGGUACUCAAAAUCCUCUUCUAGAUUACUCCUUUUCACCUCCUUUCUUUCACUUCCUUGGAAAGAGAAUCAAAUUCACAUAUGGUAUGGAAGGAAGGCAGCUCUUCUGAAUAAAUUCAUUUUUUCUCUAA